AGGCACCAAUCUGAUCGACAUCAUCGCACCUGGGUGUCACCGUCUCGUCUACGCCCUCUGUAUCGUUGCCAAUCUACCUAUUUUCUUGAUUUCACCUCCACUCUAAUCGCUCCUGCCUCCUACUGUAUCCAGUUCUCGUGAUGGCUUCGGACUUGGAAGAGGUACAGAAGGUCUUGAGGACCGUCGCUGAGGGUCAGGCGCAGCUCUUGUCCGCGGUCGAAUCAAUCUCGCAGCGUGUCGGUGAGCUGGAGAGAUCUCGAGAUGGCCACCGCCAAAACAACCCCGAGAUAGAUGGGGUUGGUCGGACCGCGACUCCGCUCGGCUCGGGCUUUACACACACACCGGCGGCGGUGAUGCCGGCCGAAGCGGGGACAAGGACGCCUCCGGCGCCGUCCUCCCCGGAAGUCAAAUCCGGCUUCUCCUCUCGCGUAAUCCUAACCACCUAUCCUAAGCAGAUCGGUAUCAAGCCGCUGCCGUUGGAUUGGGGCGCAGCAGAUCCACUACAGCGCGGGCCGGUGACCGUGUCCAGGUCGGCAUCCACCAUAGGGAGACGGAACGCCAUCGGUGCUCACGGAGGGUCGUAUUCCAUCUAUUAUGCAUUAGCCCUAGCCAGCAGGGAGCUCAAGGCCGAUCACAAGCCCGACUACACUAAUACCGAGCCCGCCGUGAAGAUCGGCCCUUUUCCCCAGUGGUCUGACAAGAAGAAGAUUGUGGCCAUGGACCCCUGGGGGCACUUGGUGCCUUGGCUCUUUAAGGAUGUCAUGGAGAAAGAAAACGUGGAUCUCCGGCCGACUAUUGCUAUCACCAAGGCCCACAUGAAAUUGCCCGAACUCGAGGAGAGCGUGAGAAGCGGACGGCUGGUUCCUGAUGGGAAAGUGUGCCUCAACAAAUUUGGCGAGCUCAGCGUGACCAAGUUCGCUGUCGAGCCUGUCUGGUAUCUCCCGGGCGUUGCCGAACGAUUUGGCAUUGAUGAAGGCACGCUGCGCAGGUCGCUCUUCGAGCAUACGGGGGGCAUGUACCCCGAGUUGAUAACCCGCUCCGACAUCAAGGUAUUCCUGCCGCCUAUUGGCGGCUUGACGGUUUACUGCUUCGGAGAUCCGGCCAAAAUGUCAGAUCCUUCCAAGAGGCUCGCAUUGCGCAUCCACGAUGAGUGCAAUGGAAGCGAUGUCUUCGGCUCCGACAUCUGCACGUGCAGGCCGUAUCUCAUCUUCGGCAUCGAGGAGGCGGUAAAAGAAGCACAAAAUGGCGGCAGCGGUGUUGUGAUCUACUUCCGCAAGGAAGGCAGAGCUCUUGGCGAAGUGACAAAGUACCUCGUAUAUAACGCCCGCAAGCGCGGGGAAGAUCGUGCAUCGGACUACUUCAAGAGAACCGAGAACAUCGCGGGGGUCAAGGAUAUGCGGUUCCAAGCCUUGAUGCCGGAUAUCCUGCACUGGCUAGGCAUCCAGAAGAUUGACAGAAUGCUCAGUAUGAGCAACAUGAAGCACGACGCGAUCGUGGGACAGGGUAUCCCCAUCCACGAGCGAGUUGAGCUCCCCGAGUCGUUGAUCCCAGCGGACUCGAGAGUAGAGAUCGAUGCCAAGAUCAAUGCCGGAUAUUUCACAACGGGCCAGCGAAUGACGGAGGAACAGCUCAAGUCAGUGCAGGGCCGCAUAUGGGAGGACAUCGACCACUAAAGGUCCGUCAGGGCUGUGCUUUACGGAUCCAGAUGGCCUGCAGGUGCGCAGUAUUUAAGCAGUCACGCCUGCCGUUGCGAGCCGCUCACCCUCCAACAUGGACCCGCCAAUACCGUUG